UAGAGACAAAAGGCCUAAUACCAGAAUGGAGAAGAUAUUGUUCUUCUUGAAAUCCCCUCUUAUCCCUUCCACAAAAACCAUCUGCAAAGUCCCAGAAGAUAUUUUCUUCAGCCCCCAACUGAAUCGCCUAUGGGAUGUUCCUUGAAGCCAAUGCCUACAGCUGUCUUCACGAGCCAAUCACUGCCCACAACAAUUGCCAAGAAACCCUCAUACUCCUGCACGUUGAAUGCAAAAGCUGUAGCAAAGGAGCUCUACUUCAAUCACGAUGGCUCAGCCACUAAAAAGCUUCUGGCAGGGGUUAAUAAGGUAGCAGAGCUGAUUGGGGUAACCAUGGGUCCAAAGGGAAGGAAUGUGGUGUUGCAGAACAAGUAUGGGCCUCCCAAGAUUGUCAACGAUGGAGAAACUGUGCUUAAAGAGAUUGAGCUGGAGGAUCCCCUGGAAAACGUUGGAGUAAAACUGGUGAGACAAGCUGGAGCUAGAACAAAUGAUCUUGCCGGCGACGGCUGCACUACAUCUAUAGUGCUUGCUCAGGGUCUCAUUGCAGAAGGGCUCAAGGUCACUGCAGCAGGUAUAAAUCCGAUUCAGGUGUCGAGAGGGAUUGAGAAAACAGCAAGAGCUCUUAUCUCUGAGCUUAAAUCAAUGUCCAAAGAGGUUGAGGACGAUGAACUUGCGCAUGUUGCUGCUGUUAGCGCCGGGAAUGACUAUGCUAUGGGGAACAUGAUAUAUGAUGCAAUUCGACAAGUGGGAAGAUGGGGUGUGGUCACCGUUGAGAAAGGGAACCAUGCUGAAAAUAGUCUAGAGAUUGUUGAAGGGAUGCAGUUUGAUCGGGGAUAUCUGUCUCCCUAUUUCGCCACUGAUAGACGAAACAUGACAGUGCAGUUUCAUGAUUGCAAAUUGCUAUUGGUUGACAAAAAGAUCACAAAUCCGAAGGAGCUGUUCAAUAUACUGGACAAUGCAGUCAAGGAGAAGUACCCCAUUGUUAUAAUUGCUGAAGGUGUCGAGCAGGAAGCUCUGGCUCCGGUAAUCAGGAACAAGCUGAAGGGAGUGCUGAAGGCGGCAGCUGUUAAAGCUCCUGCAUUUGGCGAGCGAAAGAGCCAUUAUUUGGAUGACAUAGCAAUCUUGACUGGAGGAACAGUGAUCAGGGAUGACAUGGGAUUGAAGCUUGAAAAUUCGAAGAAAGAUAUGUUGGGCUCGGCAUCUAAAGUAGUAAUAAAAAAAGGUUCGACAUUGAUAGUUACAGAUGGAAGCACUCGAGAGGCUGUUAAACAGAGAGUCACUCAGAUACAAAGGCUUGUUGAGAACACUGAAGAAAAAUUUCAAAAGAAAAUUUUGAAAGAAAGGAUAGCCAGGUUAUCAGGCCGGAUAGCUAUUCUUCAGGUGGGGGCACAGACAGUUGUUGAGUUAAAAGAUAAACAACUUAGAGCUGAAGAUGCAUUAAAUGCAACUAAGGCAGCUAUUGAUGAAGGAGUCGUAGUUGGCGGAGGCUGUUGCCUUCUAAGGUUGUCUACAAAGAUUGACAGUUUCAAGGAGCAUUUGGACAAUGAAGAGCAAAAGAUUGGAGCUGACAUUCUUAAAAAAGCUUUGGCCUAUCCUGCAAGACAGAUAGCGAAAAAUGCUGGAGUGAAUGGGAAUACUGUGAUUCAUAAGAUUCUGUCAUCAGAUGAGGUAAAUUUCGGUUACAAUGCUGCAAGAGAUAGAUACGAGGAUCUGAUGGCUGCUGGCAUUCUGGAUCCAUCCAAGGUCGUUAGAUGCUGCUUGGAGCAUGCAGCAUCAGUAGCCCGGACAUUUCUGACAGCCGAUGCAGUUGUUAUUGAGAUUAAGCAGCCAAUACCAAAAGUUAUGAGGAAGCCAAUGCCCACCUCAGGCUUUGGACCAAUGGGUGGUGCAAAACAAAUUCCUGGAUUGAGCAGGGGAUCAAGAAUCCGAAAUAUGCAACUAUGAACAGGACUGUAUCAUGCUCGUGUUGAUCACUCGGGCCAGAUGAGGCAUCAGAAGCCAUCGAGUCGUCAGUAUCAGCAUCUUCAGCUUCUGAUUCAUCUAUUUCUUUAUCAUCCCUGCUUCGAGCCUCUGCCUCCCCUCCCUCCUCCUCUUCUCCAUCAUCAUAAUCGUCGGCGCUGUCACCUGGUGAAGCGAUGUAUGCAGUCCACCCUGAUUCAUUGCUGCUGCAUUUUUCACUACCUUGUGGGAUUUUCGAUGAGUCCAUUGCCAGUGUGAGGUACAAGAAUUCAAAUCUAACUGUGAUUUUAUCACAGAUGAACAGAACCACUUCUAAAUAGGCACAGGCAAGUUCACUUUA